AUGAUGAGAAACUCAGAGCCAAACCAUGUGGGUAUGGAGAUAGAGGCAAGCAAACCAGCAGAGACAACACUGCCUGGUUUGAGCCCUCUAAGUGAGACCCUUUGGAGGAAGAAGACAAACACAGAAUUCAUUGGAGAUGUAUCAGCUAGGCUCACUUGGAAGGAUUUGACUGUGAUGGUCACUCUCAGCAAUGGAGAGACCCAAAACGUUUUGGAGGGUCUAACUGGAUAUGCUGAACCUGGAACCUUCACAGCACUCAUGGGUCCUUCAGGUUCAGGCAAAUCUACUCUGCUUGAUGCUCUGUCUAGUCGUUUAGCAGCAAAUGCCUUUCUCUCAGGCACCAUCCUCCUCAAUGGUCGCAAAGCCAAGCUCUCAUUUGGCACUGCAGCUUAUGUGACACAAGAUGACAACUUGAUUGGUACACUAACGGUACGAGAAGUGAUUUCUUAUUCAGCACGUCUGCGACUGCCUAAUGAGAUGGCAUGGUCAGAUAAGCGAGCCCUGAUUGAGAGUACCAUUGUAGAGAUGGGUCUUCAGGAUUGUGCUGAUACAGUGAUUGGGAACUGGCAUUUGCGUGGGAUAAGUGGAGGAGAGAAGAGAAGGGUUAGCAUUGCCUUGGAAAUCUUGACCAGGCCUAGAUUGCUUUUCCUUGAUGAGCCCACUAGUGGACUUGACAGUGCUUCGGCAUUCUUUGUGACUCAGACAUUACGAGCCCUGGCAAGGGAUGGACGAACUGUGAUAGCUUCUAUUCAUCAGCCUAGCAGUGAAGUGUUCGAACUAUUUGACCAAUUGUACUUGCUUUCAGGUGGCAAAACUGUUUAUUUUGGCCACGCUUCCGAAGCAUACGAGUUCUUUGCACAAGCUGGAUUUCCAUGCCCUGCUUUGAGGAACCCAUCAGAUCAUUUCCUUAGGUGCAUCAAUCGUGACUUUGACAAAGUCAAGGCCACUCUUAAAGGGUCCACCAAACUGAGGUUUGAGGGAAGUGACGAUCCCCUUGACAAGAUCACUACUGCUGAAGCUACCAGAACUCUUAUUGACUACUAUCGAACUUCUCUGCAUUCUUAUGCUGCAACACAAAAAGUGGAUGAGAUAUCCAACGUAAAGGGAACCGUGCUUGAAGCAGGAGGAAGUCAGGCUAGUUUCUUGAUGCAGUCUUACACCUUAACCAAACGCUCAUUCACCAACAUGUCAAGGGAUUUUGGUUACUACUGGCUUAGGCUUGUAAUCUAUAUUGUAGUCACCAUCUGCAUUGGAACCAUUUAUUUUAACGUGGGGACGGGCUACACCUCAAUUCUGGCUAGGGGAUCGUGUGCAUCUUUUGUCUUCGGUUUUGUCACCUUCAUGUCAAUUGGUGGAUUCCCUUCAUUUGUUGAAGACAUGAAGGUUUUCCAAAGAGAGAGGCUUAAUGGCCAUUAUGGGGUCACCGCAUUUGUCAUAAGCAACACAUUAUCUGCAACGCCCUUCCUAAUAUUGAUAACUUUUCUCUCUGGAACUAUCUGUUACUUCAUGGUUCGCUUGCAUCCUGGCUUUUGGCAUUACCUGUUCUUUGUCUUGUGCCUUUAUGCCAGCGUUACAGUGGUUGAAAGCUUAAUGAUGGCCAUUGCCAGCAUUGUCCCCAACUUCCUCAUGGGUAUCAUAAUUGGAGCUGGGAUUCAGGGCAUAUUCAUGUUGGUCUCUGGCUUCUUUAGGCUCCCACAUGAUAUCCCAAAGCCAGUUUGGCGCUACCCAAUGUCAUAUAUCAGUUUCCACUUCUGGGCAUUACAGGGACAAUACCAGAAUGAUCUGAGGGGCUUGCUAUUUGACAACCAGACACCAGACCUUCCUAAGAUACCUGGUGAAUACAUCCUGGAGUAUAUCUUCCAGAUUGAUGUGAACCGAUCAAAGUGGAUAAAUUUAUGUGUAAUCUUAAGCAUGAUUAUCAUCUACCGCAUUAUCUUCUUCAUUGUGAUCAAAAUCAAUGAAGAUGUUACACCGUGGGUUAGAGGUUAUAUUGCUAGGAGAAGAAUGCAACACAAGAGUGGAACCCAGAAUACAACUAUUGCUCCUGAUGUUCUCACUCAGUCCCCAUCGCUGACAACCUACGUCUCGAGUCAAACAACUGGGGUUGCUCACAAAAGAUAG